AUGGCGACUCCCAAUCCCCUCGGAAACUCCCAGCCCAGUUCGGGACCGGCCGUUUCGGUAAAGACCCUCCAUAUCGCGGGGAUUCUCACGGAUGUAUAUGGACUAGACGAGUUAUCUCCAGCUUGCAAAUCAGUAUCAUGUCUCUGGCUCUUGCACCCCCGUCUCCAGACCAAGCAACUCAUGGCGGGGGUCGCAACUACAUGUAUCACGGAUUGGAAUCGACGGGUCUCAGGUUCAGGUGAUGGAGGUGGCAAGGUGGGGCUCAUCGCUGUAGCUUUCGAUCAGCGAAAUCACGGGUCCAGAGAGGUUGAUGCACUCGCAAAUCAGGCAUGGAGAGAAAGUAAUGAGAAUCAUGCCCAGGAUAUGUUCAGUAUAUUUCACGGAACGGCCGUUGAUACGAGUCUCUUGAUCGAUCAUUUGGAUUCGUACAUCCUGAAAGGACCAGACAGCCCAUCGAUCGACCAGCAUCUGGUCAUGGGCAUCUCUCUCGGUGGCCAUUCUGCGUGGCAGGUGCUCUUCAACGAUCCAAGAGUUACUGCAGGUGUGGUCAUCAUUGGCUGCCCAGACUAUAUAAGACUAAUAUCCGACCGCGCCCGCCUCUCCAAACGCACCAGCUACACCACCUCAAGCGGCGCCACCUUCCUCGGCAGCGUCGACUUCCCAACAUCACUCAUUUCCAGCAUCCAAAGCCAGGACCCAAAAGGCAUCCUCUUCAAUACCUCCGCCAUCCCCACCAACCCCCUCACCCAAUCAGAUCAAGCCCGUCUACGACCCAUCCUAACCUCCAAACUCGGCGGCAAAAAGGUCUUAGUAUGCUCCGGCGGCGACGACAAACUCGUCCCGUACCAUUGUUCCGAACCAUUCCUACAAUUCCUGAAGAGCGCCGCCGACGGAUGGUGGGCAGAUGGCGGAUUAGUCGUGGAAGAUAUCGUAUACCCGGGGGUUGGCCAUGCGUAUAGCGAGGGGAUGGUGCGGGAUACCACGAGGUUUGUGAGUGAGAUCCUAGCGGGCAAGUCGACAAGCCCCGAAUCGAAGAUGUAA